AUGCUAUUACUGCUGUGAAACUGGAGUUGAUAAAAACGAAUGUAAGAUACUUGUCAAAACCUCAGUUAAGUGAGAAAUCUUACCAGGUCCAUUUUGGUGUUGGUGAUAGAAUUCCUGCUGAUAUAAGAUUUGUAAUGAUUGUAAAUCUAGAAAUUGACGAAUCUAAUCUAACUGGUGAGACGAAGCCUAGAAAGAAGGGUAUUGAUACAAUUCAAUUUUUUCUGAAAAUGAUUAUAUUAAUUAAAUCAAUUCGAGAGAGAAAAAAUAUCACAUCACAAGGACUCUU